AUGGAAGGAAAGAAAGUGUUGGUGGCUGAUGAUGAACCCUUCGCUCAAAAUUUAUUAAAAAUGUUGUAUGGUGCUAUGAAAGUAGAAUGCAUAGUGGUGUCUAAUGGAAAAGAAGCUUUGGAAGCAUAUCAAAAAUCACCUAAUUUUGUUCACGUAUUAAUGGAUAUUCAUAUGCCAAUUAUGGAUGGAUAUGAUGUAAAAGUGUAAAUAAAUUAUAAGUCUGCAAAAUAAAUUAGAGCUCAUGAAAAAGCAAAAGGAUUACCUAGAUGCAAGAUACUUGGUCUAAGUGGAGGUAUAUAUUAUAAUAAUUUGAUUAUAAGAUGGUGAUCCUAAGACAAAGGCAGCAUGUAUUAGUGCUGGUAUGGAUGAUUUGUUAGUCAAGCCAUUGAAAAAAGAACAAUUAUCAUAGUUUUUAUGA